AUGGCGUCCAAUUGGAACGAGCGUGCAUGGUGGCCCGAGCCCGACGGUUUGUAGACAUUAAUUUUCACUUCGUCUCUCAGAAGCCGACGUUUCCCUUGCAAGAGAAAAUCUUGACCAAAUCCUAUAUGCCUACCAAGAAAAUCCAGACAAAGUGUCCGUUUAAGUUAUUAAGACGAUUUCGUAGCAAGGAGAGCUUGAAAUAUAAGGACGAAGUCGUUAAUCGUAAAGAAGAACUUGAUAAGGACAAAUUCAGAUCUCCACUUUACAAAGUUGGUGGUGGAGAAAUUAAGCGCCGCAAACGCGGCCCAAACUCCGACGAAGAGGAUAACUACAAAGGUAGGAGUCUGUGAUGUCUCUUAUCUUUCUUUAGAGUCUUUUGUCAUCAAAGUUUUUGAGCGCAGCGUUGACUUCGGACAGUUUGGAGAGAAUUCUCCACUAUACCCGAUGGCCCGGGCCUGGAUUAGAAAUUUAAACCAAAGUGACACCUCGUCAUGGAAUGACAUCCCAAACCAGGAAGAGGAGCGCGAGGUAAUCCUCCAAUUGUCUGCACUUCGCACGCCCCCUGCUGGAGUUGCAUGCGUCCACUUAACUAAAUGAAGCUGCGUCAGCCGUGAACUGGCUCGACCUGUCACCUUUACGUCAUUCUAUAGGUCUAGCGGGACGAUCUCAUGACUACACUUUUCCUACCUUACAGGGGAACGACCAGCUGCCUGACUGCCACUAUGCCUUACCUAAGCCCAACGAUGGUCUGUCCGACAAUGAAGUGCGAAUUCCUCCACCCCUCCCGUCACCCGGUCAGCCUUUUGUAAUUAACGUUGAGGUAAUUUUCCGGUUUCAGGCGAAUUUGAACGAUUAUUUCUAGAACCCACCGAAAGAAAUGUCACCUGAAGGCCUUCUGGAGCAGCACAUAACAAGAUGGAGGGAAAUUCGAAGAAAGUGAGUUGAUUACGCAUGUUCUGAUGGGUAAAGUGCCCGUUUUUCCCUAAGCCUCAGCCUUUAUCACAAGGCUCCCGCUUCACUAGCGCCUUUUGACACACUGAUUCCUUAUGCCGUACCCCAGCCUCACAGCCUUCCGCUCAUGGCUUUUUAGUCUCAUCGGGAUAUGCGUUUCACAUCCGUCCCGAUUGCAUGCGCGUUUGCAAAUAGUUUAUAGACUGGCUUAUAGCUCCUAGCGGCACCAACUAAAGCAGUAAUUGAAACUCAUCAUAUUCAAAGUAUUUUUUUCUGUAGGCAAAGAAUGACCGACCGCAGCCAGUGUCUGUUUACUUCGUAUUUUGCAAUUAGGUCGUCAAGAAGCUUUAUUCAUGCGGCGGGAACCGUCGUCACCGAUGAUUUUGGUUGUGUAUUAUACCGUUUUCAACGUUGCAGUUGUGGUCCACGUCCUAAGUGCAGGACGCUGACGCACACAAAGACACCUAGGAAAUAUCGAGAACAAGAACCAGACACAUCGCAAUGUUUAGCUCUUUGCGGUGAACUCGAACAUCCGGACGGAAAGCGAUGCACGCGUUGAUGAAUAUUUGGCAUUAUGUCAUGGGAAUCCGUGGCACAAAUAAUAACAUGCUCGCCGAUUUCACUGCGCUGAAACGACUUGCCUUCGCGCAUAAUAACCACACUGGACACCAAAUUGCCUACUUGCUUGUCCGGGCACGCUACGUUGGCUCUUUGCUAAUGCCAUCCAAAUCGUGGUGACGACCUUGGCAGCGAGACUGGACUUGUCCAUGAUCUUGUGAGGGUUCGGUUACGUCGUAGAUCGUGUUGCUAACAGUACGCAAUAUGCAAGGAAGUAUGCUGUCGACUGCCACGAGGAUCCUGUCAGUACCACAGAUCUUUAUUUGGUUGUCUGUUACUCUCUGCAGACGUUGACCGAAGUUAACUCUGAAAGGCACUCAAUCAAAAAUAUCUGUCUUGAACUGAGGCACACCUCGCCGGAGUUGUUAGAUCACAACAGGCGUCUCCACAAAGAUAGGAUCCCUAGUGAAGCAGUGCAGCCGGCCAGUCGUAUAGUGACAGCUAACUUUCAGAACAAUAUGAACUCCAGGAAACUGUCCUGCAACCACGGACUCCGCACGACACAACCAUGACCAACCAAAAUACAACUGUUCGAGAUUUAUGAUGCACUUAACCAGAGGAGGUACAGACAGCUUGUGACCACCUUUGAAGAUAUGCAAGUACUCUAGCCCGUCCGUCUCUGCACUCAGAGGGAAUAAGGAUGCGAUUGUAUUGUCAAGUACGGGCGCGGUACACCGACGAACAUUUCCCUACUUUAAGUCUGACAGUCUGUUUCGUCAGCAUUAUUCACCUUGGUGAUUCUCCAACCUUCGUAUACAGUUUCGACCGCAGCACUCCAUCAACAAAGACCCUCGAUAUGAUAGCAGAUCCAAGGGACAACGCAUUUUGCAAGGACAUCCGUCCAGCAGAUACCCAAAAGUGUUGCCUAGUCAUGCUAUCUGGUGGGCCACAUAGCCUUCUAACCCAAGAUCCGGAAGCUGAAAUCGCUCUCGAAGACUAUUUGUUGAGUAGCGUUGAUUCGACAACCCACCACCCUUCUGAGUUUAUCAGUAGUAGACUGGGCAGUGGCAACCACUUUAUUGGUUUUUUUCGAAGGCAGUAGGCUGAUAUUGGUGUUUUAGUGCCCGCGAAGACACCUGCUGACCGGGUAUUCAAAUAGCGCGAAGAAUGCCGCACAUUUGCGGCAAAUAAACUUCUCGACUGCCGGUCAGUGCGCGGACAUAGAACUUGAGGUGGGGUGGCUUUCGCAAAUGCCCUGAAGUGCAAAUGCAAGCUCCCCCCACCAGUGUGUGCUCGCGAGCAUAACUGGAACGCACACUAGUGAGGGCGAGUUUGCGCUCGCACUUCAGGGCAUUCUCGAAAAGCCAUUCCGCCUCAAGUUCCGGGUCAUAGCAACCGUCUUCACUACGACGCUUCUGGUUGCUCAGCUUUACCAUGAAAUCACGAUGCUCAACAGCUUUGCGUAAGUGAGUACACACUGUCCACAAACGUUAUUACUUAAGUUUCGCCGAAACCCCCAAGCUAAAACCGGUUCAAACACGAAGACUAGAUUUCGACCAACACCAUCCGACUGUUUAGUGAUGACUGGUUCACUGGAAAUUCCAGAGACCUAAGCUCCGGAACACUUCAUUGCUAGACAAACGGUCAACCAAAACUGACAAGAACUAACCCGUGGAAUUUGAGCAAAUCUCAGCUGUCGGUGACACGUAGGGCCCAAUGCGCCACGGGUUUCGAUAGUGCAGUAGUCAUGCGGUCAAGACCGAGGACUGAGCGGGCGGUGAUCGCAGCCGUAGGAGUUGCUCAACCCGCUAACCUUGGACGCGUCCGGAAACACCUUUGACACAACUGUUCCUGGAAAACUGUUAACUGCACCACAGUCCUGUGUAAACUCGAACAACCUUCGGAACGAGUGACAGCAAACCGCCAAUUUAAGUCUACAAGCUGUCGUAGGAUUAUAUUUGAACGGCUUAAAAAGGCAUUUCGACAAGUUUGUGCCAAACCGAGUUUUGUUGUUUCCACUCCCUGUAAGCAAAUCGACCGGAACUUCUUGGAGGGCCCUGGAUUAUAAUGAUGUACUCCUGAACUCAAAAAUAAUCAGGUUAUACUGUCAGCCCACACAAGUCGAGACCCAAGCUUACGGCAAAUACCGUACUUCAUCCAUAGAAUCAGGUCCUCACUGGUUGCCUUCAACUAUGCGAUAAGUUCGGUUCAGUGACAGUAUCCUAUAGAUGUCAAAACGUCCAGCUAGAACAGUGCCCUCAUGCCUCGGAAGUGAAAACUCAACCGGGCGAUUAAUGGAGAGCCAGCCAACGAUUACGUCGGGUGAACCUGCUGUCAUGGACUCUGAAGCCAGCUAAACCACUAUUGUUUCUCACUGAUAAGAAAAAGGAAUGCACCACGUAAGACAUACCGUCCUUGCUCGCCGAUUGGGGAGGUCAGAUAUUGCGAUGUACUCUUUGAAAGCAAAAGCACCCAGGUGUCAUUUCCCCCUACCUUGGUCCCAGCUGACGACAGCGCCGAGUGGUCAACUUCAGAUGUCGCUGAGCGUGAUGGAAACUAGUACAGCAGAGUUGGUACGUCAGUUGGCCAAACUUCGGACGUUUGCCGACGACCGACUCUAAUUGAAGGCUGUCGUUCGUGACAUGGUUCAUUCUCAACAUGGAGCUAACUAAAUAAAUUGAGGUGAACACUUUCUUAAGACUGAAUUCGGUUUUAUCAAAGACGGAAUAUCCAUGCACUUGAUGUUAUACCAUUGGCCUGAAGUCUCCGAUCACCACGGGUCACCGGCGUAAUUCGUUUACCGCGAACGACGUUAGAUGUGCUUUUAUAGGUUUUCUAGGAUGUGACUGCUUGUAACAGCUUGUCUCCGCAUUCGAUAGCAGGUCAUCGGCAGUUUUAAGUUCCACGUGUCGAGGCAGUGCUUGCACAGUCGGAAGUACCAGUGCUUUAAAGAUGCGCGAUAGUCGAUGCAUUACGACAGAUACGGUUGACAUCUACUCAUUUUGGUCUAAGCUGUCAAAAAGCAUCCUAAAAGAAGGCCUCUGUUAUUUUGUCUAAGCUGCGUUAAGCACGUCACUUUUUUACUGCGUGUUUUUUUAGGUGGAAAGGCGCAUGUCGAGAAAAUGAGGAACGGUACCGCGAGUCCUACAUUAUACUGAAAGAAAUGUACGACAAGUUUUGCAAAGAUUUGUCAUAA